AUGACACCAAUAGUAGAUUCAUUUGAGUCGUUGAUGAUAGAGGAUACCACAGAUGUUCCAUUGGAAAUUAUGAAGAAGGAUACCGCAGAUCCUGCAGAUACUCCAUUGGAGGAGAUGAUUAUAGAGGAUACUAAAUCUACUGAUUUUAUGGAUAUCGCGGAUAUUGGGGAUAGCCAUUCCAAUGAUGGUGCACGGAAGGCUCGUGGUGGUUAUGGUGGUGGCUAUGGAGGCGGUUAUGGCGGAGGCUUUGGUGGUGGUUAUGGUGCCGGCUUUGGAUUCCACGCAGGCGUAGGUUAUGGCGGAGGUUAUAGAGGUUGGAAUAACAGAGGAUAUGGAGGCGGUUGGAGAAACAGAGGAUGGGGAGGUGGUUAUGGUAGACGUGGAUAUGGUUAUGGAGGAUAUGGUCGUGGUCAUUAUCAUCAUGAUCACUGGUAUUAA